GUGUUCUAUCAAUGAAGAGUGGCCAAUCCAUGGAAUACCCUAUUCAUUUCAAAGGAAGGGUCUCUCUACGAAACAAAGGGCCAGGAGAGGUGGUCUGUGAUAUCUGCUCUGAGGUCCAAGCUGUGAAGUUCUGUCAGACCUGCACUAUCUCCUACUGUGAGACCCACAUCAGACAACACUAUACAAUAGAAGCACUGCAGAGACACACAGUGGUGGAUGUGACUGGAGACCUGGUGCAGAAACUCUGUCAACAUGACUACAGUCCUCUGGAGGUGUUCUGCAGGACAGACCAGAUGCUGAUCUGCAGUCGGUGUGCAGAGACAAAGCACAAAGGACAUGAUAUCACCCUCCUCAAGAUAAAGAAAGCUGGAAGAGAGCAUAAGAGUUUUGAUGGAGACCAACUCACAACGCUGAGCUCAGAUGAUGUGCUGCCCCCUCCUGGUGACAUCCAGGUCCUGUUGCUGACGUCAGACUCAGUGUCUCUGAGCUGGAGUUCUCCUCAGGGGGUUAAAGUUAAAGGACCACAGACAUUCAGAGUGACCUGGGAGUGUGACAGGGAAACAAGCUCAACAAAAGUGAAAAGUGGGCAUCAUCUUAAAAUAAGCAGUCUCCAACCUGGUGAAAAGUACCAGUUCAACGUGGCUACAGAGGGAGAAGAUGGAAGCCAAAGCAGAUGUGUCUCAGCAUCCCUAUCCACAGUGGUCCCACCCAGAGACUUAAAGGUUGACAAUUUGAAAGAUACCUCCUUCACUCUCCACUGGUCCAUUGCUGAAGGAAUGGAGAAAGUCCCACAACGCUUCCUCAUAUCCUACUGCAGCCCAGGAACAGACCUCCAUGCAGAGAAUACUAAAGACUGCCACACAACAUUCUCAAACCUGCAACCUGGUACUCAUUACACCAUCAGUGUCUCUACUGUGCUGACCAAUGGGGAACAGAGUGAACCUGUCUCUACAACAAUCUGUACUAGUAAGAGAUCUCUCUCACCUUGUUACAUAUCAUCAUCUCUUUCCCAGUAA